GUGGGCCGCAGAGCGCGCCGGGGCCAGCAGCGGGCCCCGUCGGCCCAAGGCCGGGCGCGGCGGCGCGCGCAUGCGUGCGUGCGAUUUGCGAUCAGGCAGCGCGGCGGACAGCCCCGGUAGCGGGGCGGGAGGGGGGAGGAGGAGUUAUAUUGCGGGGUCCUUCCUCGCUGGCCCGCUGGUUCCUCAAGGAGCGGAGACGGCAAAUGGCGGACUUCGAUACCUACGACGAUCGGGCCUACAGCAGCUUCGGCGGCGGUAGAGGGUCCCGCGGCAGUGCUGGUGGCCAUGGGUCCCGAAGCCAGAAGGAGCUACCCACAGAGCCCCCCUACACAGCUUACGUAGGAAAUCUCCCUUUUAACACAGUUCAGGGUGACAUAGAUGCUAUCUUUAAGGAUCUCAGCAUACGGAGUGUGCGGCUAGUCAGAGACAAAGACACAGACAAAUUUAAAGGGUUCUGCUAUGUAGAAUUUGAUGAGGUGGAUUCCCUGAAGGAGGCUCUGACCUACGACGGUGCACUCUUGGGUGACCGGUCACUUCGUGUGGACAUUGCAGAAGGCAGAAAACAAGACAAAGGUGGCUUUGGGUUCAGGAAAGGCGGACCUGAUGACAGAGGCUACAGGGAUGACUUCUUAGGGGGUAGGGGGGGCAGUCGCCCUGGGGACCGGCGAGCAGGCCCUCCAAUGGGGAGUCGCUUUCGAGAUGGCCCUCCUCUGCGUGGCUCCAACAUGGACUUCAGAGAACCCACAGAAGAGGAACGAGCACAGAGACCGCGGCUGCAGCUUAAACCUCGGACAGUGGCAACACCCCUCAAUCAAGUAGCCAACCCCAACUCAGCCAUCUUCGGGGGAGCCAGGCCCAGAGAGGAAGUGGUUCAGAAGGAGCAAGAAUGAGCUUAGGUUGGGAGGGAAUGGGGUGUGGGGGAGCUGGAGCAAGAGCACAGCCUGGUGGCAGGCAGUCGCCCUGCAGGCCCCAUUCCCGCCUGGCACUGUCCUCCUUACAGCGGGAACACAGAGCUUGCGAGUGCAUGUCAGCUGUUAACAAGUGGUUUCUAGUACAUUCUUGGCUUUGCUGUAUCUAUCUAGUGCCUGUUUUGUGCUUUCUUUCUGUUUUCUUUCUCUCCCCUCUCACUCCUGGCCUCUCCCUGCUCCUUCCCACGCCGUGUGGAUGUCGGUCACGUGUGGAAGGUGGGCUGAGGUGCCUCAUCCUUUGCUUUCUUUCUUUCCUUUCCGCGCCCUGGCCACGCUCCGGGUGUGCUGUCCUCUGCUUUUUCUCAGAGCUUCUCUCCAAUCUGCAUGUCGAGUUCUGUGUUGCUGUGGCUUCUGGGAAAGAGCUGGGGCCACUAGCUAGGCGGCUGUGGUGGCCUGUUGGUAGGUAUCCAGCUGGGAUGAGCACACAGAAUUGGAGGCAUCUUGCUUUAAAACAAGGAAACUGCCUUCUGGUCCCGAGAGGCUGCUGUGUUUGGGGUCAGUCACCUGCCCCAAGCAGCCUGUUCAGGUAUAGCAGGCUCCUGUCAAACAGUGAGGCCAGAAGGGUGCAGGGAAUUGGGACAUUCUGCUCUGGUGGCUCUGGGUGCCAGUGGCCAUGUGGCUUUGCUCCUGCUCGCUCUAAGACCAAGUGGAAGCUCAUUCCCUGCUCUUCCUGGGCCGUGGAGGCCCCUUGGGGGUGCAACCCGCUGCAGCUCAAUCCGCUUCCUGCAGCCGAGGCCUGUAGGAAGCAGGGGUGGUGCUGGAGCUGCACCGGGCAGCUGUGCCUGCACUGAGUCUGCGCUCUUUCCCUUGUGUCUGUCUGCUCCAGGGCGCUUAGCCCAAAAGGCUGCUCCCCACCACAGCUCAAGGCCUAGAGUCUGGCACUUUCUCUGAUCGGUUGCACAGCUGUUGAGAACCUCAGUACCUGGGUGUCUAGAAACCUCUAGGCUUGCUGCUUGCUCUGUGGGGCAGACCCUGCUCCCACAGACAGUGCUGAGCACUCACUUGAGAGCAAGGGGAUCAAUCAGGCUUUGCUUUAGCUCGGACAGCUGUGUGUGAACAAAUGGAAAGUGAUUUGGCACCGAGUCUCCAUCUGUUCCAGUCGGAGCAGGUAGGGGUCAGCCAGCCACUAGAGCCUUGGGAAAGAAGGGCUGAGGUGCGCAGCUUGCUCGUUAGCCAGCAGCUUCCUGCCAGCCACCCCUUGGCUCAUGAUUGUCUUUGUCGCAAGGUCUCGGCAAUUUACAGAACUCUCACUCCUUCCCUCGCCUGCCAUCUUCUCUGCUUCUGAGAUAAGAACCAUUUGUGUAACACCAAUACCUAACUUAAGACAGACAUGCAUUGCGUGGUUGUAAUCAAAGCUGAUGCUUUCAGAUGAUCUAAUCCAUCUCCAAUGCGGAAAAGACAGAACAGGCACGUCCAUCCACACUGCUGGGCGCCCAGCUGACUCUGUAAGAAUGGAAUUCCAAACACUUAACACAUUCAGUUCUAUGACAGAAAGUGAGUCUAUGGAUAUGGUAUUUUGUGAAUGAUCUUUUAAAUAAAAGAGAACCUUACAUAACA